AUGGUUGAACAAAUUGAAAUUAAGGAACCUACCAAUUUCGAUGAAAAAAUUAAUGAUAUAGUAAAAAAUUACUCUGAUAAAAACAUUUAUGUUUUGUUCUAUGGAGAUUGGUGUCCUGAUUGUAGAAAUGCUGACCCAAUAAUCAAUAAUUAUGUCGGAAAGAAAGCUAACAAUGUACUUAUCAAGGCUUCUGUUGGUUCAAAAAUAGAUUAUCAGUCUAGUCCGUAUAAACGAUACUCAAGAAUUCAACUCCAAAGAAUUCCCACAUUGAUCAAAUGGUCUGCUAAUCAAGAAAAUGAUAAACGUCUGGUAGAGAACCAGUGUGAGGAUGAAAAUUUGUUGACUGAAUUUUUCUCUGAUUAG